AUGGCUGCUCCUCGAUUGACCAUGCAGCCGCUCUCACGGUCUAUCAGCACAAUAGUCGGCACACUUCGAAACGCUCACCGAGGACCUCACACUAAUGCCCUCGCCCUCCGCUCUCCGUCCCAUACCUCCCCCUCCUCGCCGCUUUCCUCCCCUCAAGUCCGAUACAGCUCCUACUCCUCGUCGGAGGCUACUCCCAAUACCCGCAAGAAGGUCACACUUCAAACAAUAAAGAACCUCUAUAAGAAGGGCGAGCCGAUUGUAAUGCUCACAGCCCAUGACUUCCCCAGUGCCCAUGCAGCUGAUACGGCCGGGAUCGAUGUCGUGUUGGUCGGCGAUAGCCUAGGGAUGGUGGCGAUGGGCCUGGACAACACAACUGAGAUGGUGAUGGAGGAAAUGAUUUUGCAUUGUCGGAGCGUAGUCCGUGGCGCGAAGAGUGCUUUCAUUGUCGGCGACCUACCCAUGGGCUCAUACGAAGUGAGUCCCGAACAAGCCGUGGCAUCUUCCAUUCGUCUGUUGAAAGAGGGUCGCGUGCAUGGCGUAAAGAUUGAAGGAGGAUAUGAGUUGGGCCCGACCAUCAAGCGAAUCACCCAAGCUGGAAUUCCUGUUGUUGGUCAUGUGGGACUCACACCCCAACGACUGAAUGCCCUUGGUGGAUUCCGGGUUCAAGGAAAAACAUCCACCAGCGCGAUGAAGUUAUUACGCGAUGCACUGGCCAUGCAAGAAGCCGGAGUGUGCAUGUUUGUACUUGAAGCCAUGCCCCCGGAGGUCGCCACACUUAUUACCAACAAACUCAAGGUUCCGACGAUAGGCAUUGGCGCCGGCAACGGAUGCUCGGGUCAAGUGCUCGUCCAAGUGGACAUGUCUGGCAACUUCCAACCGGGUCGCUUCGUGCCGAAAUUUGUCAAGAAAUACGCCGAUGUGUGGGGUGAAGCCACACGCGGAAUCACGCAAUAUCGGGAUGAAGUUAAGAGUCGCGCCUUUCCCUCGCCGGAAUACACUUAUCCUAUUUCACCGGAAGAACUGGCCAAGUUCGAGAAGGAGGUGGAGGCACAAUAUCAAAAUUAA